CAGCCGCCACCGCGGCACAGGCCACCUCAUUGAGUUGAUUGGCCUGCGCUGCUCCGGGCUCGGCCAAUGGGCGCAGCGGUUGUUGCCCGGUGCUGAUGGCUGACUAAAGAUGGCGGAGCGUUUUGCUUGAGGCGUCGACUGCAGGAACCGGGGCCCUAGUUUGGAUUUUAGGCUGAAAAACCCAGCACUCAAAGAUGAAGGUGGUAAACCUGAGGCAAGCCAUUCUCCAGGCAUGGAAGGAACGAUGGACAGACUAUCAAUGGGCCAUAAACAUGAAAAACCUUUUUCCAAAGGGUCCAACCUGGGACCUCCUUGGACUCUCAGAUCAUUUGCUGGAACAGGCCUUGGUUGGCCCUUCACCAAAUCCACUGAUUAUGUCCUAUUUGAAGUAUGCAAUUAGUUCACAGAUGGUGUCUUACGCAAGCGUGAUGUCUUCUAUUGCAAAGUUUGAAGAUUACUCCAGGGAAUUGUGUGUUAAAGCUCUAUUAGAACUGAUGGACAUGUUUUGUGAUCGACUCAGCUGUCAAGGCAAAGCAGAAGAAUGCAUAAGUCUCUGCCGUGCUUUGCUAAGCACACUAGGAUGGCUGCUGAAGUGUGCUGUUCAUUUUACUGAAAGGCUGAAAGAGGGGCCAGAUGCAUCUUCCGGAGAAGAACAGCUCCAACUCUGUGUUAACCGGAUUGAGAAAGUAGUGAGCAGGAGAAAGAAUAGAGCUCUUCUUCAUAUAGCGAGACUGGAAGAGCCAGUUACAUGGGCUAAUGUGGAGCAAGCAUUCAUCAAGCUAACAGAACACUGUAACAAAAUAAGUAAUCAGCAGCUCCGACUAAAGCUGGAUGAAUGCAUUGGAUUGAUUAAGAGUAUUUCAGUCAUAACAACGCAGACUGAGCAGAACACCAAGAUGGAAUUCCCAACUGUUCAUGCCUUGAUUAUAUUGGAAGGAACUCUAAAUCUCACAUCUGAUACCCAAUCACUUGUUGAACAACUGAUCAUGGUGAAAAGAAUGCAGCGAAUCCCCUCGCCUCUCUUUUUACUGGAAAUCUGGAAGGCCUGUUUUGUCGGUCUUAUUGAAUCCCCAGAGGGAACUCAAGAGUUAAAAUGGACGGCAUUCACAUUCCUCAAGAUUCCACAGGCAUUACUGAAGCUCAAGGAAUACCCUCUUGGUGAUAAAGACUUCACUGAAGAUGUGAACACUGCCUUUGAGUUUUUGCUUAAACUUACUCCACUUUUGGACAAAGCAGAUCAGCGAUGCAAUUGUGACUGCGUCAGUCUCCUGCUUCAGGAAUGUGGAAAAUUAGGGUUGCUUUCAGAGGACAACAUGAAUAACCUAGUUAACAAAAGGACAGCAGAUAGAGAGCUGGCUCCCCAACUAAAAUCUGCUGAAAAUGCCAGCAUUCAGCCCAACCCAGGCCUGAUUCUGCGUGCAGAGCCCACCGUCACAAAUAUUUUAAAGACCAUGGAUGCGGACCACUCCAAAUCCCCCGAGGGGUUGUUGGGAGUCCUGGGUCACAUGCUUUCAGGGAAGAGCCUGGAUUUACUGUUAGCAGCUGCUGCAGCUACUGGAAAAUUGAAAUCUUUUGCCCGGAAGUUUGUCAAGUUAAAUGAGUUUGCCAAGAACAUCACUAUGGAGGGAUCAAAAGCAGCCUCUGUGCGAGCAUUACUGUUUGACAUUUCCUUCCUCAUGUUGUGUCAUGUUGCUCAGACUUAUGGAUCUGAUGUAAUUCUGUCGGAGCCCUGUGCGUCGGGUGAGGUGGUCUUCUUUGAGACCUGGAUGCUGACUUGCAUGCCCGAGGAAGGGAAAAUUCUAAAUCCAGAGCAAGGCUUUCGUGCCGAUCCCACUAAAGUAGAAUCGCUGAUGACGCAUCUCAACUCCUCUGCUGAAAUGAAACUCGUGCAGGUGAAGUGGCAUGAAGUAUGCUCUUGUACACCAGCUGCUAUUCUGGAGGUCCUAAACGCCUGGGAACAUGGCCUACUGACUUUGGAAGCUGUGCAGAAAAUCACCGAUAACAUCAAGGGGAAGAUUUGCAGCAUGGCUAUCUGUGCAGUAGCAUGGUUAGUAGCGCACGUUAGGAUGUUGGGUCUGGAGGAGCGUGAGAAACCAUUGCAAAUGAUUUUCCAGCUUGUGACACCACUCUAUGCAGAGAACACCCUUCAAUUCUACAAUGAAAGAGUUGCUAUCAUGAACCUGAUCCUGGAGCAGAUGUGUGCCGAUGUCUUGCAGCAGACAGCAACCUCCAUAAUGUUUCCCACAGCAAACCUGGGCCCCAUCCCAUACCGCAACCUGCUGCCAAUGAAGAUGCCAAUUAAAGAGGUGCUCAUUACCAAUUUCAACAAUGUACUGAAUAAAGGCUGGGUCGACAGCCGCACUAUCCACGUAUUUGAGGCGCUGCUACAUAUGGGAGGAGUAUACUGGUUCUGCAAUAACUUGGUCAAGGAAUUAUUGAAGGAGACAAGGAAGGAACACUGUUACAAAGCUGUUGAACUCCUACAUAGUGUGUUUUGCUUGGACAUGCAACAGAUCACCUUGGUCCUGCUGGGCCAUAUCCUGCCUGGGCUCCUGACCAAUUCCCUGAAGUGGCAGACGCUCAUGGAUCCACCCGGAAGAGCUCUUGCCAAGCUCUCGGUCUGGUGUUCUCUGAGCUCUCAUUCCACUCAUAACAAGGGUCAGGCCACAGCCAAGCAGAGGAAAAGACACAGAGAGGAUAUUGAGGACUACAUCAAUUUGUUUCCUCUGGAUGAUAGCCAACCAUCAAAACUGUUACGAUUGUUAAGCUCGAAUGAAGAGGAUCCGAAUAUCCUUUCCAGUCCUGGUGACCGUUCAAUGAGCAGCUCACUGACUGCCUCUCAGCUUCACAACAUAAAUAUGAGAGAUCCCUUGAACAGAGUAUUGGCAAACUUGUUCCUUUUGAUUUCCACAAUCUUGAGCUCAAAGGUGGCUGGUCCACAUACUCAGUUUGUUCAGUGGUUUAUGGAAGAGUGUGUGGAGUGCUUGGACCAAGGAAGUCGUGGUAGCAUUCUCCAGUUCAUGCCUUUUACCAUGGUUUCUGAGCUCGUGAAGUUGCCUGCCCUAUCCAAGCCAAAAACAGUGCUUGCUAUAACCGAUUUAGGCCUCCCUCUGGGACGUAGGGUUGCCGCAAAGGCGAUUGCUGCACUUUAACGGCUGGCUGGAACUGCAGUUACUGGUUUACACCGAAGAUAGACACACAAUGCUGGAGUAACUCAGCAAGACAGGCUGCACCCCUGGAUACAAGGAAUGGGCGAUGUUUCGGGUCAAGAUCCUUCUUCAGACCGGAAAAUAUUUUUUUGUUAAUAUCGUUUAAUAUGGUAUUGACAUCAAUUGUUAAAACCCUAAAUGACUGAAGACUGUGCAGCAAAUUGCCUAAACAAGAAAUGGUCACUGUAAUGAAUAUGUGAGAGACAGGCUGGACUCGAUAGAAUUGAAGUGAACGAUGGUGCUGAAAGCAGAUAAAGAUGAUGUGUUUUUUUACCAUAUAUUUAGGGUUGUUGCAUUUCUCAGGCAGUGGCGAGAUUAGUCCCAACAUUCAUUAAAAGAAUAAAGAAAAAUACACUUGUGAAAUGCAGAGUAUAGGAAGUUGGGUAAAACCUGGGCUCGUUUAGAGAGAUCUUUAAUUUUUUUUAAGUGAGAGGGUUUAAAUCUUCCCGCUUAUUUGAAUGUAUAAGAUGUGUCUCGAAACACCCAUAGUUAGAGGACUGGAACUUCAAUCGCCAUCAGUAUGUACACUCCAUAGGAAACUUGAAAGGACUGGUAAUGUGAUUUCUAUAACCUCAAACCAACUGGGGAUUGUGACUAUCAAGUAAACAGUUUGAUAAUGAGUUGAUCUCUUGAUUUCUUAUUCUUUUGUGAAUUUGUUACACAUUUGUUCUACAUUUUUUAUUUAAGUCAUUUUAAAAAUCAUAUUUAAAAUGAUAUUAAAAUCAUAGUAAACUGUUUGUGUUUUCCUCUGACAAAUGUUUGCAAGUUAUGUUCACCGCUGCUGAAAGAUUUGCUGGGAUUUCAAAAGGCACAAUAAAUUGAUUUCAUACAAAUACUA